CCAGAGAGACCCGGAAAACCUCUGACUGUUGUGAGUUAGCUGCCUGGAGUGUCUCAGCUAAGAGAGACGUAAACUCAAUAAACUCAACAAUAAAGACAAAUUAAAAAUGGCUGGAACGGCUUCAGUCGCCGGUGAAGUGUUCGUCGAUGCUUUGCCAUAUUUUGACCAAGGUUACGACGCAGCUGGUGUCCGAGAAGCGGCUGCAGCGUUGGUUGAGGAGGAGACCAGAAGGUAUCGACCCACCAAGAACUACCUGAGCUACCUGCUCACACCCGACUUCUCUACUUUUGAGACAGAAAUCAUGAGGAACGAAUUUGAGCGACUUGCCGCCCGACAGCCCAUGGAUCUCCUGAGCAUGAAGAGAUAUGAGCUGCCAGCACCUUCAGCGGGACAGAAGAACGACAUCACAGCGUGGCAGGAGUGCGUCAACAACUCGAUGGCGCAGCUCGAGCACCAGGCGGUCCGCAUCGAGAACCUGGAGCUCAUGUCUCAGUACGGAACCAACGCGUGGAAAUUCUACAACGAUAACUUGGCCUUCAUGAUCGAGAUGGCACAAAAGGAACUUCAGAAAUUCAGGAAGCAAAUCCAGGAUAUGAACUGGCAGCGCAAGAACGAUCAGUUGGCAGGAGGAGCCAAACUGCGAGAGCUGGAGUCCAACUGGGUGUCACUGGUCAGCAAGAACUACGAGAUCGAGCGAGCCAUCGUGCAGCUGGAGAACGAAAUCACUCAGCUCAGACAACAGCAGGGGGACGAGAACAAGGAGAACAUCCGACAGGACUUCUAGGGCAGCUGAUCUACAUCCUACUGAUCACACAGGUUUCAUCUGGUUUCACGAGGCUCACCGGACCAAGAAGCCAGAGGAGGGAAAGUUAACAGUACGGAACGCCAAUAACACUGACACUCAGAAAGAGCUGCCCUGAAACCAUGGUGACGGCACACAUUUUUACCAGACCUCGCGCUUCGUAUUCCAACGCUGAGGACAGCGCUGGAAUGUGGGGUAAUGCGGCUCGUCGAGUGUAGUUGUUUUUUUUCUCCCCCUCAAAGAACACGGGUGUUUAAAGCAAGACUAUGUACAUUCUGCAAAAAAACAUUUUACCUAGAAAUGGAAAAUUGAAUUCAGGAUCAAUUUGUGAUAAGAUUUUCAGACACAUCCGUCCGUAGCUUUUUGAGUAAUCCUGCUAACAAAAUACACAAAUCAAGGUGUUAAAACACGUUUUCUCAAUUCAAGACACUCCUGGUUUUGCUGUUGCAGUACAGCCUCACUUGGUCUGGUAUGACCAACAGCUUAUGGUGGCUUUAGUAAAGUAACCUUAAAUAGUUAUUGCUGUGUAACUGGCAGUCAGUUUACUUACUCUUUUCUUCAUGUGCCACUGUUGUACCAGCAUUAGCAUUCCUCAUGAUUUCAUAAAUGCCACGUGACAUUAUUCAGGCAAAGUUACAUAGUCUUGCUUUAAAAAGUGAUCUAUACCAGCACGCAGGUUUCAUAGUGUACAUAGUUCGUCAAGUCCGCGGAUGACAAAAUUAUCUCAGUCAGCUCUGCCUUGACUUCCAUUUGUCAUUUUUUUAUGCUGUUCAAUAAAACGAAAAUUUUUCAUAUGUU